AUGGUGCCUAUAACUUCCAACAUUGAAGUUGGCCUCAACUCCAUCAACUCAGUUCCUAAUUGGCUUCUCAUUCUUGAGGAAGAGAAAUUUUUUACUCGUUGUUUGAUUCAUGACUCAGUAAAGAAGAACGAAAAGAAUAUUUUUUGCUUAGAUUGCUGCACGAGCAUUUGCCCUCAUUGUUCGCCCCUUCACCGCACUCACGUCCUUUUGCAGAUACGAAGGUACAUGUACAAUGACGUAUUACUGCUUGUAGAUGCUCAGAGAUUGUUAAAUUGCUCCCUUGUUCAACCCUACACAACAAAUAGAGCAAAGGUUGUAUUUUUGAAACAGAGGCCAAUCUCCCGCUCUCUUAAAGGCUCUGGCAACCUUUGCAGCACAUGUGACCGUAGCCUCCAAGACCCAUACAUCUUCUGCUCUCUGUCAUGCAAGGUUCAAUUUUUGUUAUUGUCUAUUAUAUUCAAAGCAGAAAUUCCUAUAAACUUUUGA